AAUCUAGUCCUAGGUGGGAUAAUCUUCCCCUUGGAUAUAGGGUUUGAACGCUAUAGGGAAAACCCUGCAUCAGCUUUUGACAUAAGGCAGCGGAGGACUCCCUCGAUCCUCAGCACUCGGAGCGGAAGGAGGAGCAGCGGCAGCGGAGGCAGCCAUGGGUAUCGAUUUAGUCGCCGGUGGCAAGAGCAAGAAGACCAAGCGAACCGCACCAAAAUCUAAUGAUAUUUACCUCAAGCUUCUCGUGAAGCUGUAUCGGUUUCUGGUGCGGAGGACUGGAAGCAAUUUCAAUGCGGUUAUAUUGAAGAGGCUGUUCAUGAGCAAGGUUAACAAGCCUCCGAUGGCUCUAUCUAGAUUGAUUCGCUUUAUGGAAGGAAAGGGGAAUAAGGUAGCUGUGCUUGUGGGGACCGUUACUGACGAUAAUAGGGUUUAUGAGGUUCCGGCACUGAAGGUGGCUGCUCUUAGGUUUACGGAAAGGGCAAGGGCGAGGAUAUUGAAGGCCGGAGGAGAAUGCUUGACUUUCGACCAGCUUGCUCUUAGGGCUCCUCUUGGGCAGAACACGGUUCUCCUGAGGGGUCCUAAGAAUGCUCGUGAAGCAGUGAAACACUUUGGUAAGGCUCCUGGUGUGCCACACAGCCACACCAAACCCUAUGUACGAUCAAAGGGAAGGAAAUUUGAGCGUGCUAGGGGAAGAAGGAACAGCAGGGGAUUUAGGGUCUGAUUCAAUUGUCAUGCCUUUUUUCUCUUAAAGAAAAAUUUGGAACCAGACCCAAUUAAGUUGUGGUUCUAUUUUUGUUAGCAUGUAAGAAUAUGUGAGAUUUUUUUUUUUAAUUGAAUCUGAUUACAGUUUAUGUCUUGUUGAAGGGAGGCAACCUUUUAGUA